UUGGUAACGGUUUUUUGAUGUUUUCAAACGGUCGGCUUGAGUCGGAGUGUUUGUUUGGACCUCGAUUCUGUCUCUGUUCUCAGCUUGGAAGUGUUACUGUUUGGAAGCCUGAAGUGAAGUCUCGUGCUCUCUCUUGCGAUCUCUUUUCUUGUUGUAUCACCGUCCUGUGCGAUCAAGGAAGAUGUCUGAAGCUGCAGCCAGGCCUGGCGGAGUGGCUGGUGGUUCUCGCCUCCCUCAACCUGGCGGUUCUCGUCUGCCUCAACCUCGCUUUGGAGGUGGGGCUGGUGCUGGAAUUCCUCGUCCCAAGACUGCCGCUGCUUCCCAGACUUCCAGGGUUGCUGCGAGUUCUACAUCUAACUUGGCUUCUAGUCGUGUUACUCGUCAGUCCCUCAGUGCUCCAGAUCUGACAAGGGUUGGAGUUGCUCAGAAACCUGGUCUGCGAGGAACAGGCACAGCUCAGAAUUCGCUGCUCAGAAAAGCAGUCGCUACCGCUUCAUCCAGGGUUGCUCCUGCAUCGACUGCUGCUGCCAAUCGCAAGAGACCAGCCACUACAGGACAACCUGGCCCUGAUAAGAAAAGACCCCUUGUUGAUUCCAAUAAACAACAGACUGAUAAAAAGGUUCCUGUACCUGUUGCUCCCGCAAAACGAGGCAAACCUGCACCUUGGGAUAUCAAAUCUAGAUUAGAGCACGCUAAUGCAAAGAUCUCAAAAUUAAGUGAAGAAAAUGAUUAUUUAACAACUGCUGCUGCUGAAGCAGUGACCACACAACAGUUGUUGGUAGAUUCAAGAGAACAAUGUGAAUCUCUGGAAGCUAAACUUACUGAUACCAAAUCCCAACUGGAUAUAGUUACUUUGUCUGAAAAGAAGUGGAAAGAUGAGGCUGAGCAAGCCCUUGCUGAGUUGGAUAAAAUUAGAAAAGAACAUCAAUCUUUGAGUCUUGAUUUUAGUAAUAUAAAAUCUGAAUACCAUGUUGUUAUGGAAUCUGAAUCGAAGUUAAAAAAUCAGGUGGCAUCAUUGAAUUCCGAGUUGGAGCAGUUGAAACAAUCCUAUGCAGCAUUGUCUACAGAGCUUAGAGUUUGUCAAGAGAGGGCUGAAGCCAGGGACCGAGAAAGAGUGCUGCAAUUAUUCAAUGAGCAGCAGGCCAAACGAGUUAUGUUAAAUACUAUUUUAGAUUUAAAGGGAAACAUAAGAGUGUUUUGCCGCGUAAGGCCUCCACUCAACUCUGAAUCAGAGAAAGCUUUAUUGACUUUUAAUUUCCCAAAUGAGGCUACUCUUGAGGUAAAAACAACUGAGAAAGGUAAAACACAACCAGCCAAAAACCAACCUUUCACCUAUGAUAAAGUUUAUACCCCUCAGAGUAGCCAGCAGGACAUCUAUGAUGAACUCAGUGCUCUGGUGCAGAGUGCACUUGACGGACACAACGUCUGUGUGUUUGCGUAUGGUCAGACAGGUUCUGGUAAAACCUACACCAUGCAAGGAGGUUCUGAUUCUAAUUCUGAAGGUAUGAUACCAAGAUCUAUUAAAACCAUCUAUCAAGCUAUAAAAGAUCAAAACCAACUUGGCUGGAAGUUCACUGUAAAAUGCAGUUUUUUGGAAAUUUAUAAUGAAAAUAUUCAUGAUCUAUUGAAUCCAAACUCUGGUUUGACUUAUGAGGUCAAAAUGGUUGACAAUGUUUCAGAAAAAAUUUAUGUUUCCAAUUUAAAAGUUGUUGAAGUUGAUUCUGAAAAACAGCUUCAGGAUCUGUUAGACAAAGCUCAAAGGAGACGGUUUACCGCUUCAACUAUUAUGAACAAUGAGUCCUCCAGAUCUCAUUCCAUCACCCAGAUCAAAUUGGAAGGCUUCAAUGAGGCUCAAAACCUGACAAUCCAGGGUAAUUUAAAUUUAAUUGAUUUGGCGGGUUCGGAAAAAUACCGCAGUGAAAACCAGGCUGAUCGCAAAGCAGAGACUCUCAAUAUUAAUAGGUCCCUUCAAACAUUAAGUCUUGUGGUUUUGAAGCUGGCUGAGAAGGCAGAGCAUAUUCCAUUCCGUGACUCCAAACUGACGCAUCUGCUCAUGCCCAGUUUGAAAGGAAAUUCAAAAACCCUUAUGAUGGUCAAUAUUGCUCCAUUUGAAGACUGCCAGAGUGAAACUUUAAAUGCCUUAAGGUUUGCUGCUAGAGUUUCGACUGUGAAAAUAGAUUCUAAACGCCAGGUUAAAUCAUCUCUCAGCCAACCUUCUUCAUCUUCGAAGUCCACCAAAUAAUGUCAUGUUUCUCUCUGUUCAUGUUUGCUUAAUCACAGUAUUAGAAUUUCAAUUGUGCUCACUCAGAGCUUAUUUUAAAAUGUAUAAAUGAUGUUCAUGUUUGCUUUCUCAAAGUACUGUAUUAGAAUUUCAAUUGUGCUCACUCAGAGCUAAUUUUAAAAUGUAUAAAUGGUGUUUAUGUUUGAUCUCUCAAAGUAUUAGAAUUUCAAUUGUGCUCACUCAGAGCUAACUUUAAAAUGUGUAUUUGAUCAGUGUAACUCAGUGACAUUUUAUGAUUGACAUCAGCUGUUGUCUUUUUAUCAUUUUGUGUAACAAUGUACAGCAAUGAUUUGUACAGUUAUAAUAUCUGUAUAUAAUUUUAUUAAAUUCACAAAUUUUAAAA